AUGGCGAAAACGCCCCCUGCCGGCGAAAAGCCUCCGGCCCCGGCUCCACAGUUGCAGCCCGGCGGCUCGCCAUGGCAAGCUUUGUUGGGGGUGUUUCUAACGGUCUGCAACGUCGCCGUGCGCGUCUACUGCGGGCUCUAUAUGAUCAUUUCCGACUGUGACGAGACUUACAACUACUGGGAGCCCUUGAACUUGGUGUUCCGGGGCUUCGGCAAGCAGACCUGGGAAUACUCCCCGGCCUACGCCAUCCGCUCAUACGCGUACUUGAUUCCGUACUACUUGGCCACGGCGCCGCUCCGUGAUUUGCAGUCGCUAUUGCAGGCACGCUUCCCGGCGUACUACUACUUCUACGCCAUUCGCGUCGUUGCGUUGGGCGGCUUCACGGCGUUUGCCGAGCACAGGCUCCACCGGUCCGUGAAAACCAACUACGGCCUGCAUGCCGCCAACUGGUACCUCUUGUUCUCGACGUUUGCGCCGGGCAUGAGCCACGCCAGCGUGGCGCUUCUCCCCUCGGCGUUUGCCAUGACCUGGGUCACGUGGGGCUCGGCCUCGGCCAUAUCGGCCGUGUCGUUGCGCAAUGACGAUUCCAUUGUGCGGCCUUCGAUCCAUGCCCUUGGCUGCUACAUGGUGGCCGGGCUUUUGGGCUGGCCGUUCGCCUUGGCCUUGGCCGUGCCGUUUGGUCUUUUCACCAUGCAGGCGCGCUACCAGACACCGCCGCUCGUGAAGAUCGUGCCCGCGUGCCUUGCCGUUUUGGUGGCGCUCAUGGCGGUGCUUCUCGUGGUGGACUCGUACUUCUACGCACGCCCGUUUCUCUUUGUGCCCAUAAACAUCGUGUUGUACAACGUGUUUGCGCUCGAGGGCGAGGGCCCGGCCAUCUUCGGCGUGGAGCCGUUGUCGUACUAUGUGAAGAACUUGCUCUUGAACUUCAACGCGGUGUUUGUGCUCGGGUGCAUGGGCGCAGCCGUGAACGUGGUGUGGGGCGGGCAGAGGCUCCAGUCCGCGUUUGGCGUCUCGUUGCCCUUGGUCAUUUGGUGUGGUGUGUUCGGCCGCCAGGCCCACAAGGAGGAGCGGUUCUUGUACCCGGUCUACCCGAUGCUCUGCCUUUCGGCCGCCAUAUUCACGUCCAAGGUCUUCGCCGCGGCCCGGCUGAAGGCCGGCGCCCGCGCGCUUGUGAGGCUAGCCCUGGUGCUCUCCAUGGCGGCGUACGCCACUGUUUCCGUGUUGAGGAUCUUGAACUUGGUGGCCAACUACAGCGCGCCGCUUUCGACAGCCUUGGCCUUGCACGAGGACGCCGUCCAGCACCCCUCCGAGGGCUUGAAGAAUGUCUGCGUGGGCCGGGAAUGGUACCACUUCCCGACGUCGUUUUUCCUUCCGGACAACUACAGACUACGGUUCGUGGAGAGCGGCUUCGACGGGCUUCUUCCCGGGGACUUCCCGGAACACGUGAGCUUGAGAUCUGCGGCGUCCGUGUACCCCUCGGGAAUGAAUGCCCGGAACGAGUUCUCCGCUGACAAGGUGGUCCCGUUUGCAGACUGCGACUACUACAUCGACAACUCCUUGGAUACCACGGCCGGCGAGCCGAGCGUGCUUUCCGCCGCCGGCAGCGAGCUCACGGUGCACAAGCAAUGGCAGGUGCUCCGCUGCGAGAAGAUCAUCAAGCCCGACGGGGCCCACCGCGGGGUGGGCCGCCUUGUGUAUGUGCCCGAGGUGGCGCGGCGGGUGGUGCCCUACAACGUGGAGCAGAUGGACUACUGUGUGCUCAAGAGGAAGUAA